AUGAAAAUUUUUCAUAAAGUUUUUUUCUUCCUUUUUUUAAUUUCUCUUUUUAUGAAAGUAAGUUUUUGUUUAUAUAAGGAUAUUGAAGAAAUUAUAACAGUUGAUAGUCUUAAUAAAUUUGAAGAAUUACUAGCAUCAAAGAAAGUUUGCGUUGUUCAAUUUUACGCAACUUGGUGUAGGGUAUCAAGAGGAUUUGCAAAUGAUUUUGUAAGCAUAUCAAAAGCAUUAAAAGAUGAUGUAACAUUUAUAGCUAUUAAAAAUGAAGAAAUAGCUAAUAAAUAUGGGAUUGAAAUAUAUCCAAGCUUGCAACUUUUUUUUGUAAAUGGAAAUAAAAAAGAAGUUGAAAAAUUUGAUGGCAAUUAUAAAAUUAAAGAUGUGGUUACCUUUAUAUAUGAUUCAAUAAAAAAUUAUCGCUUAAGAGAGUUAAAUAUAGAUACUAGUAAAAAUAAAAGUUCUUAUAAGAAAAAUUCUAAAAAUAAAAAUGAUGGGAAAGUAAUUAUAUUAAAUGAUAAAAAUUUUGAUAAAAAUGUUUUACAAAAUGAUGAUAAUGUGUGGUUUGUCUUUUUUUAUGCACCAUGGUGUGGUCACAGCAAACCAAUACAUCCAAUGUUUGAUGAGCUAGCUAAAAAAGUAUCUCAUUUAAAAAAUGCGAAAAUAGCUAAAAUAGAUGCAACAGUAGAACAAAGAACAGCGCAAACCUAUAGAAUAAGUCAUUACCCAUCUUUUCGCUUAUUCCCAGCUGGAAAUAAAAAUUCUCAUAGUGCUAUAGAUUAUAAUGAUUCAAGAACAAUAGAAGAUUUAUAUCAAUUUUUUUUAAAACAUUAUGUAGAAAAAAAAGAGCUAAUUCAAUUAACUUCUCAACAAGUUUUUGAUGAAUAUUGUGAAAAAGGUGUCUGUCUUUUAGCAUUUUUACCAAAUAAAGAAGACACAGAGCCUACUUAUUUUAAAUCUUACAUUAGUAUUUUAAAAAAUGUUCUUAAGGAUGUAAACAAUUUACCUGUUACAUUAAUGUGGACACAAGCAGGUGAUCAGUUAGAUAUUGUUCAGAAGUUAAAUUUAACAUUUGGUUUUCCUACUGUUAUUGCUUUAAGUUUUUCAAAAAAUGUUUAUUCAAUUUUAAAAGGAAACUAUUCUGAAUCAUCUAUAAAAAAUUUUAUUACUCAAAUGAUGAUGGGAAAAUCUUCAGUUGAAAAUUUAGUGACAUUUACUGUUAAAGAUACUCCUAAAUUUACUUUUGAUAAUAUGAAUGAAAUUAAUACAGAAUUAUAA